AUGGCUUCAUCAGCCGCCCCCGUCGGAGCGGAGAACAUCAAUACUGAUAUCGUUACACUCUCCCGCUUCUUUACAGAAGAGCAGAUCAAGCACCCUGAAGCUUCCGGUGACUUCACUCUUCUCUGCCAUGCUCUCCAAUUCUCCUUCAAGUCAAUUGCCUACUACAUUCGUCGUGCAUCAUUGAUCAACCUGACCGGUCUGGCCGGUUCCUCGAACACAACCGGCGACGACCAGAAGAAGCUGGACGUGAUUGGCAAUGAUAUCUUUAUCUCUGCCAUGCGUGGUUCUGGCAAGUGCCGCAUCAUUGUCUCAGAAGAAGAAGAGGAGGUGAUCAGAUUCGACGAGCACCCCGACGCUCGCUACGCCGUUGUCUGCGAUCCCAUCGACGGCUCCUCCAACCUGGACGCCGGUGUCUCAGUCGGCACCAUCUUCGGUGUCUUCAAGCUCCCCGACGAGGUCCUAGGUCCCAACAAGACCGUCGGCCCCAAGGACCUGCUCCACCCCGGUACCAGCCUCGUUGCCUCUGGAUUCACCAUGUACGGCGCCUCGGCACAGCUCGUCAUCACCAUGCGCGGCGGCGGUGUCAACGGAUUCACUCUUGAGAACUCGCUGGGCGAGUUCAUCCUCACUCACCCCAACAUGAAGCUGCCCCCUUCACGCUCCAUCUACUCCGUCAACGAGGGCAACAGCAUGUACUGGGACGAAUGGUGCAAUGCUUACUUCCACAGCCUCAAGUACCCCGCCGAUGGUGGCAAGCCUUACAGUGCCCGUUACAUUGGUAGCAUGGUUGCUGAUGCUUACCGUACUCUGUUGUACGGUGGUAUCUUCGCCUACCCCGCUGAUUCGAAGAGCCCCAAGGGCAAGCUCCGUAUCUUGUACGAGUGCGCCCCCAUGGCUAUGGUGUUCGAGAAUGCGGGCGGUCUUGCUGUCAACUCCCGCAUGGAGCGGUUGAUGGACGUUGUUCCGGAGCACAUUCACGAUAAGAGUGGUGUCUUCCUCGGCUCCAAGGACGAGGUUCAAAAGGUCAUUGAUACGUACAACAAGUACAAGAAAUGA